UUCACAAUCACAACCAACCUACAGUAUAUCUAUAGCAAACGCGCAUUCUUCAUUCAAGUCAAUCAAUAUUUUUUAUUGUUCUCAGUAAGAAAAUGCUCAAGAGGCAAUUCUGUAUGCUGAAAGCCCAGGGAAGGCUCCCACUGGACCUCCCUUUGAGACCAAUGAAGGACUGGCUCCUGGCAGGGAAAAGAGUCUUCCUGGAGCGUGAGGCAGAGACAUGGAAGAGAUGGAGGAAGGUCUCUGUAGCUGAAUUGACUUGGGAUGCAAAGAGGGGCCUGGAAUUACAGGAAACAGAGACAGAGAGAGUUAUCCUGCUCAGUGGCCAGAGAGUUCAGGAUGAAUUAAGGAUACCAAAUGUCAUCGUGGACACUGCUACCGACGGAGACAUCCAGCUUCUGAAAGAGGAGCGUUUGAAGUUAAUCCGAAAAUUCUAUGAUAUGAUUGCAGAACUACCAAAGUCCUAUUUCGGAUCCACUGAGAGCCUUCCUGAGAUGUGUGGCAGAGGUCCUGAGGUGUGUAGCAGAGUGCCUGAGGUGUGCAGCAGAGGUCCUGAGGUAGGUCCUGAGGUGUGCAGCAUAAGUUCACAGGUGUGCAGCACAGGUCCUGAGGUGUGCAGUGGAGUGCCUGAGGUGUCAAAUGCAGUGGGAGAGGUGUCAAGUGACACAAAGAAGACAGAGGCUACUGGAGCCCUUCUGAACACUGGAAAUGGCCUGAGAAAGGUGGUGCAGCUAUCCAAUGAGAGCCGUCCUGAGGUGUGCAGCAGUCCUGAGGUGUGCAUCAGAGUGCCUGAGGUGUUCAGUGGAGGUCCCGAGGUAUGCAGUGGAGUGCCUGACAUGUGCAGUGGAGUGCCUGAAGUGUUCAAUGGAGGUCCUGAGGUGUUCAGUGAGGUGCCUGAGGCACCAAACGCAGUGGAAGAAGUGUCCAGUGACAAAAAGAAGACAGCGGCUGCUGAAAACCUUCUGAAAACGGGAAAAGGCCUAUGCAAGGUUGUGCAGCUAUCCACUGAGAACCGUCCUGAGGUGUGCAGCAGUCCUGAGGUGUGCAUCAGAGUGCCUGAGGUGUUCAGUGGAGGUCCCGAGGUAUGCAGUGGAGUGCCUGACAUGUGCAGUGGAGUGCCUGAAGUGUUCAAUGGAGGUCCUGAGGUGUGCAGGGGAAGUCCUGAGGUGUUCAGUGAGGUGCCUGAGGCACCAAACGCAGUGGAAGAGGUGUCCAGUGACAAAAAGAAGACAGCGGCUGCUGAAAACCUUCUGGACACUGAAAAUGUCCUUAGCAAUGUUGUGAACCCCAAAGGGUGGCUGAAGGAGGGCUGGGAAGAUCAGCUGCACCAAGACUUCACUAAUAUGAUUGCAAAACUCCCAAAGUCCUAUUUCGGAUCCACCGAGAGCCUUCCUGAGGUGUGCAGCAGAGGUCCUGAGGCCUCAAAUGCAGUGGAAGAGGUGUGCAGUGACACAAAGAAGACAGAGUCUACUGGAAACCAUCUGAAAACGGGAAAUGGCCUAAGCAAGGUGUUGAAGCUAUCCACUGAGAACCGUCCUGAGGUGUGCAGCAGUCCUGAGGUGUGCAUCAGAGUGCCUGAGGUGUUCAGUGGAGGUCCCGAGGUAUGCAGUGGAGUGCCUGACAUGUGCAGUGGAGUGCCUGAAGUGUUCAAUGGAGGUCCUGUGGUGUGCAGGGGAAGUCCUGAGGUGUUCAGUGAGGUGCCUGAGGCACCAAACGCAGUGGAAGAGGUGUCCAGUGACAAAAAGAAGACAGCGGCUGCUGAAAACCUUCUGAACACUGGAAAUGGCCUCAGCAAGGUGAUGCAGCUAUCUACUGAGAGCUGUCCUGAGGUGAGCAGCGGAGUGACCGAGGCGUUGAACUCAGUGGCAAAGGUGUCCAGCGAAACAAAGAAGCGGAAGAAAAAUGGCGUUUCUGCGAUUCUUCCGACUUUCUGA